AUGACUAAAUUAGAAGAUGUAGAUUAAUUCGAGUCAAUUGACAAAUAUAUCUGCUACUCAAAUUAACAAUUUAGCUUCUAAAACAUUGUUUACAAACAAAUUUGGGGCUACGAUAUUAGCCAUAAAUUUGGUAGAUAAUAUGCUGCUAGAACUGGUAUGAAAAGCAAUUCAAUGUACAUACCAUGUAUAAAUGACAACCCAACUAAAUUUCCAUUUUAUACUUUGGAAAAUCAGACAAAAAAUUUGAUAAACUUCGCUGCUAGUUAUUACGACAACAGAGAUUAUGGUGAUUUCUUUUGGAUAGUUGUUGAAGCUAACAAUAUUAAGGAUUGCUAAUGGACUAAUGACUACUAAAAAAAUUGCGAGAUCUUAACAGAUCUUGUUCAUACAGCAUCUAAAGCUAGUAUAGGUUUAUCUGUAGGUAUUUAUUCAAGCUAAGAAGAUUGGAUAAAGCUAUUUGGAGAUUCUCAAUAAUGCACAUCAAAUAAAUCCUAUGCUACUCGUGUUCAUUACAAAAGUUAUAACAGCUAACCUAAUUUCGAUGACUGGGCUGAAAAAUCUUUUGGAGGAUGGGCUAAACCACAUAUGAAGACUUAUUAAAAUACUUAUGUAUGCGGUAGUUCUAUUGAUUUAUCUGUUUACUGA